AUGAAUUUCAAGCUCGUAAAUGAAAAUAUUGAUGAUUUUUACCUCACAAAUCAACAGCAGCACGACAUUGUUCCACUCUCCGAAUCUUCGGAACCUCAAAAAUCAUCAACUUCUCCUAUAGAUUGUCAAGAUUUAUGCAUUCAAGAACACAAAAAUGGAUUAUUCGUGAUUAGCCUUUCUCCGAAACAUUCAUUGUCUGGCAGCUGCUCGGAAUUGAAAGUACAUCAAGUAGAAUUUCCACUCCGACCGACUCCUCCAGCAGUGUUGGUCAAUAGUAGUGGUAUGAAUGAAGGUGAUGAUCUUGUAGAAACUUCUAACAAACAAACAAAUCCGAGUGCUUCCUCUCAGCAAUUGCAAAAAAAGAAGGAAAUUAAAGUGCAACCUCAUACGUUAUUGCAAGAAUUUAUUAUCAUCAACAAUUCGUGA